CACAUAUUGUUUAGUUCUAUUUUUAUAGAUUAUACUUAUUUUUAUUUAUAUUUUUAUAGAUUAUAUUAUAGAAAUGUGAAAUGGAACGAGUGAAACACAGCAAUUUUUUUAAAAAUGAGAUGGAAUAGAAUGGAAAUAUUGUAAGGAAAUGUAAUGAAAUUGGUCGUGGUAAUAUGGAUUCUACACUCAGUUGAUUCCAAGCAUUUUACUCAACAUGCCUUUGCUUUUACUGUUUUGGAAAACAAGCCUGUCACUGUCAUUGUCAACGUUACAUGUCAAAUAAGCGAAGGAAAGCUAGAAGUUAAAAUUUGUUGAAAAGUCUGGAAAAAUAACCUAAUAAUUAUUAAAAUCAACAAACCUUAAAUGAAGAACGUUAUAUUAUUUAAACGGACUUUUGAAAAAUACUAUUAAAAUGCAUACAGCAAGUGUUCUGCUACGAAAUUCGAUACUUAAUCCUAAAUUGUGUUCGACACGGCUCUUGAAUAAUAUAACUAGAAUUGCAUCACACAAACCGGUGCAAAGGUUGUCUAGUAGUUUACACAGAUUUAGGGGUCCUCGGGUCUGUGGUCAUAUUGACAAUUAUUUAUGUUCUUCCAAAGACUUAGGUUGUACACGAUUAUUUUCGACCGGGAAUAAAGGUGAUCCUCCAGAAGACGAACCGGAAAUUAAAGACGAGACUCCUCUCUUUAGUAGUCAACUACCGGCAACGGUCGCUGUGCCGGAAGUAUGGCCGCAAGUUCCAGUUAUUGCCAUUAAUAGGAAUCCAGUGUUUCCAAGAUUCAUUAAGUUAAUUGAGAUAUCGAACCCAGCCCUAAUUGAUCUAAUAAGGCGUAAAGUUAAACUCAAUCAACCAUAUGUUGGUAUAUUCUUACGUAAGAAGGAAGAUGAAAAAUCUGACAUUGUAUCAAGCUUGGAAGAUGUACAUGAGGUGGGAGUAUUUGCACAGAUACACGAGAUGCAAGAUAUGGAUUACAAGCUGAGGCUCGUUGUGAUGGCUCAUCGUAGAAUAAAAAUCACAGGCCAGUUUGUUGAGGAAGAGGUUGAGACUGGUCCUGCAGAAAUGAAGCUUAAAUUUCCGUUAUUUAAUACGGAGAUUGACGUUACUCGUGAAGAGUCCGAUGCUGAGCGACGGAGGCGAAAAUAUCGUAACACAAGGAAGAAACCAGCUACUGAUGCAGACAAUGAGCCAAAGAAAGCACCCCCAGACCAGGUUCUGAUGGUGAAGGUUGAGAAUAUGAUGCACGAAAAGUUCCAGCAGACAGAGGAAGUCAAGGCUCUAACACAGGAAGUCAUCAAGACAAUUAGAGAUAUUAUUAAUUUGAAUCCUUUGUAUAGGCAAUCCCUUCACCACAUGCUGGCCCAAGGUCAGAGGGUGAUAGAUAACCCGGUUUAUCUAAGUGAUCUUGGAGCAGCUCUCACCGGUGCUGAACCAGCCGAGUUACAAGCUAUUCUGGAGGAAAUGGAUAUACCAAAAAGAUUGUUGAUGUCUCUAUCUCUACUGAAGAAGGAGUAUGAACUGUCGAAACUGCAGCAGAAGAUAGGCAAAGAAGUCGAAGAGAAAGUGAAACAGCAACACAGGAAAUACAUUUUACAUGAACAACUUAAGGUAAUAAAAAAGGAGUUGGGCCUGGAAAAAGACGAUAAAGAUGCCAUCGGAGAGAAGUUCAGGGAGCGUCUGGCCGACAAGACGGUGCCUCAAGCCGUGCAAACCGUCAUCGAUGAAGAGCUCAACAAGCUGAACUUCUUGGAGGGACACAGUUCUGAGUUCAACGUAACACGGUGUUACCUGGACUGGUUGACCUCCCUCCCUUGGGGCAUCACCUCUGAGGAAAACCUCAAGUUGGAAGAUGCUCAAGUGAUUUUAGACCAAGAUCACUAUGGCAUGGAGGAUAUAAAGAAACGAAUCCUCGAGUUCAUUGCGGUCUCGCAGCUGAAGGGCACCACCCAAGGCAAGAUACUGUGCUUCCAUGGACCUCCAGGUGUAGGCAAGACCAGUAUAGCCCGUUCGAUAGCUCGUGCGCUGAACCGGCAGUACUUCAGGUUCUCCGUGGGCGGCAUGACGGACGUGGCCGAGAUCAAGGGUCACCGCAGGACGUACGUUGGCGCCAUGCCGGGGAAAAUCGUGCAGUGCCUCAAGAAAACCGGCACCGAAAACCCUCUGGUGCUGAUCGAUGAGGUCGAUAAGAUUGGCAAGGGAGUCCACGGCGAUCCGUCGUCGGCGUUGCUGGAGCUUCUGGACCCGGAGCAGAACAGCAACUUCCUGGACCACUACCUGGACGUGCCCGUGGACCUGUCCCGGGUGCUGUUUAUCUGCACGGCGAACGUCGUGGAGCAGAUACCGGAGCCGCUGCGGGACAGGAUGGAGCUCAUCGACAUGUCGGGGUACAUCGCGGAGGAGAAACUGGCCAUAGCGCAGCAGUACCUGGUGCCGACGGCACGGCAGAACUGUGGGCUCUCCCAGCAGCAGCUGGCGGUGUCGGAGCCGGCGCUGCUGGCGCUCGUGCGCUCCUACUGCCGCGAGAGCGGAGUCCGAAACCUGCAGAAGCACAUUGAAAAGAUAGCCCGCAAGGUGGCUUAUAAAAUAGUGAAGAAGGAAACGGAAGAGGUCAACGUCACGGAAGAGAACCUGUCGGAUUUGGUCGGCAAGCCUAGCUUCAAGCACGACCGCAUGUAUGACGUCACCCCGCCCGGCGUCAUCAUGGGACUAGCCUGGACCGCUAUGGGGGGCAGCACACUGUACAUAGAGACUGCACUGAGGAAUAGCACACAGGACGAGAAGUCGCCCUUCGGCUCGCUGGAGCUGACCGGCCACCUCGGGGACGUCAUGAAGGAGUCCGCUCGCAUCGCGCUCACCGUCGCUAGGAAUUACCUCGCCACCCACCACCCUGACAAUAAGUUCUUGAACACGAGCCACCUCCACCUGCACGUGCCGGAGGGCGCCACCCCGAAGGACGGGCCGUCGGCCGGGGUCACCAUCACGUCGGCGCUGCUGUCGCUGGCUCUGGGCAGGGCUCCGCGGGCCGACCUCGCCAUGACGGGGGAGGUGUCCCUCACCGGUCGGGUGCUGCCCGUCGGCGGCAUCAAGGAGAAGAUUAUAGCCGCGAAACGCGUGGGCGUGAAGUGCGUGAUCCUUCCGGAGGAGAACAGGCGGGACUACGAGGACCUGCAGUCCUUCAUCAAGCAAGACAUAGACGUGCACUUCGUCAGCACGUACGACGACGUGUUCAGGGUCGCCUUUGGAGAGCAGCAGAUAUUCGAGGCCGACCACUCAUCCACAUCGGAGCUUUAAUAUAAAUGAAGAUUUAUGCUGUUCAACAUUAUUUUUUUAAAUAAAACAACAACAAAACACUGGCUCCUUAA